AUGUCGAAUCCCGAACACCUCAACACCUCGGAGUUGGGCACCAAAUCCUACUGGGAUGCGGCCUACACCACCGAGCGUUCAAACUUCUCCUUGAACCCGGACGACGAGGGCACAAUAUGGUUCAGCGACGCGGGCGCAGAGGAGCGCAUGCUUUCGUUCCUCGAGAACCUGUCGGACGAGGCGCAAUUGCACAAAUACACGUCUAGCGACGAGGCUCCGACGCGAUUCCUGGACCUGGGAACUGGGAACGGGCAUCUGUUGUUUGCGCUGAGAGAGGAUGAGUGGGAGGGCGAGAUGGUCGGUGUGGAUUAUGCACCGCAGAGUGUGGAGCUUGCGAAUGAGAUCAGAGAUAGCAAGGGUGACGAGUAUGAAGAUAUACGCUUCUACGAGUGGGAUCUGCUUGGUGAAGGGGCGGGAGAGUGGUUGGGCGAGGGGUUUGAUAUUGUGCUGGACAAGGGCACAUUUGAUGCCAUCUGCCUUGCACAGGAGACUGAUGUGCAGGGAAGGAGGAUAUGUGAGGGGUACAGAGAGAAGGUUGAGAAGCUGAUCAAGAAAGGGGGAAGAUUUUUGAUCACGAGCUGCAAUUGGACCGAAGAAGAGGUGAAGGGGUGGUUCGAUGUCGAGGGCGGCGAGCUGGUGUAUGAGAACAAGGCGAAGUACCCCAGCUUCACAUUUGGAGGGAAGACAGGGACGAGUGUUUGCACUCUGUGCUUCAGGCGCAAGGCCUGA